UAUACAUACAGCGUCGAAAUGAGUAGAGAGUGAAUUUUUUUUUUUAUUCAGGUGGGAGAGAGAUUGGGUUAUAUUUUAUAGAGAUCCUCGUGGUGGAAGCAAAGACAAAAUACGCUUAGUGUGAAUGUUGAUGUUUUAUGUGAAAUUAAAACAGUUUUGACGAUGGCGUGUAUAGGGUCAUCUACGAGACUUUGUGCCCGUCGGGUCCAUGAAAAAUUAUUGUGUCAGUUCGGACAAUCGGCGCCAGUGAAAAAAAAAUUAACAAGUUAUGUCAGGAUCAAAUCAUCGUCUUCGGCAAGGAUUUUAAAUAAUCAGACCAUAGCACCAAGUGAACUUGUAAUAGCAUCAUCGAAUGAUAAUAUCGUCCAAAUAGAGAAUAAUAAAAGAAUUAGUAAUACAGAAUAUAAUGGAAUAUCAACAGAAGAUACAUACUCAUCUGUGGCUGCUAGUCUAAAUCAAGAACCGUUAGUCCGAUGGAAUAGUUAUAAUAAUAAUAAUAAACAUAAUAAUAAUACUAGUAAUAAAAUUAAUAAUAGUUUAGUAAUUGAUAACAAUAUAAUAAUUCCAAAACGACAUUAUAGUUCACAUAAAGCAACAAAUAAUAAUAAUACAAAUAUUAUAAUUAAUUCAAAUUUAUGGUGGCAUCCACGACAACGACCAGAACAAAUAUGGACAACAAAUAUAUUAUGCCGUCGUCAAAAUGGACAAUUAUCAUAUGUAUCAUCAUUUGGUGGCGAUGUUGUAAGAUAUAUGUCAACAAUGCGAAGUACCCAACAGCCAAGUUCAUUACCUGAAUAUCAAGUCAAUCCAUAUCGAUUGAUUGAUGAUGACUUAAAAGAAGUCUAUGAUGAUAUUAGAUUGUUAAUUCGAAAAAAUACGAACAAUGAAGAAUUACAUGCAAUAGGAACAUAUUAUUUCGAUGGACAAGGGAAAGCAUUUCGACCAAUGGUUGUUACAUUAAUGUCACGAGCAUUAAAUCGACACCUAAAUAAAGAAAUAAGUUUUUUACCAUCACAAAAAGAAGUAUCAAUGAUCGCUGAAAUGAUUCAUAUAGCAUCCUUAAUACACGAUGAUGUCAUAGAUCAAGCGGAAUUUAGACGAGGCAAGCCUAGUGCGAAUGUCAUCUGGAAUCAUAAAAAGGUUGCAAUGGCUGGUGAUUUUAUCUUAGCUGUAGCCUCAAUGAUGAUUGCUCGUUUAAAGAAUGAUGACGUCACAUUAGUACUUAGUGAGGUAAUUACCGAUUUAAUUCAAGGUGAAUUCAUGCAAUUGGGUUCAAAAGAAACAGAAAACGAACGAUUUGCUCAUUAUUUAACGAAAACAUAUCGUAAAACUGCAUCACUUAUUGCUAACUCACUGAAAUCUGUGGCAAUUUUGGCACAAGCUGAUGAACAGACUUGUGAAUUAGCAUAUCAAUAUGGACGAAAUUUGGGAUUAGCAUUUCAAUUGGUUGAUGAUAUGUUAGAUUUUGUUUCUUCAGCAGAAGAAAUGGGUAAACCAACUGCGGCCGAUUUAAAAUUAGGUCUAGCUACAGCGCCCGUCUUAUUUGCAUGCGAAAAGUAUCCAGAAUUAACACCAAUGAUAAUGCGUCGUUUUGGUGAACCAGGCGAUUGUGAACGUGCUUUUGAAUUAGUCCAUAAAUCACAAGGCUUAAAACAAACACAAUUUUUGGCCCAACAACAUUGUAUGGAAGCAGCACGACUUGCAAAUACAAUUACAGAGUCCCCGCAUCAAAAAGCACUUGUACUCAUCACAGAUUUUGUUUUAAAUCGAAUGAAAUAAAAAAAAAUCGUCCAGUGGUUUUCUUUACAAUAUUACAUUUGGAUAAAUAGGAGAAUUUGCCAAAAUAUAAAAUACAUAAUAACGGCAAUAUUUUUGCAUA